AUGGUUGCUUCUAAGAUUUUUCUCUUUACGAUAAACAUUUUCCUUUCUUUAAUGAUCCCUUUUGUAGUUCCAUUGUCCUUCAACAUCACCAGCUUCACUCCAAGUAAUUCAGACAUAACCUAUGAAAGAGCUUAUCCAGCAAACAAUGUAAUCCAACUCACAGCAAACCAGCGUGAUUUACCUUAUAAUUUUUCAAGCAUCGGACGAGCCACGUAUGCCAAGCCGUUGCAACUUUGGGACAAUGCCUCAAGAAACCUCAUAGACUUCACUACCAAUUUCACAUUCGUCAUCAAUUCGCAGAACAGAACAUCUUGUAGUGAUGGGAUCGCGUUCUUCCUUGCGCCUUCAGGAUCAAAAAUCCCUGAUAAUGCAACUAAUGGUGGUGGCCUUGGCCUUACAAGUGACUUCCAGCUACUGAACUCAUCGGAUAAUCCAUUUGUCGCGGUGGAGUUUGAUAUUUAUCAAAACCAAUGGGACCCGGCACAUCAGCAUGUAGGUAUUGACAUCAACUCUAUGGUAUCGGUUACAAACAUGACAUGGUGGGGAAUUAAGACAAAUAUUUAUGAAGGGAAUAUAAAUGGUGCUUCGAUUAGUUAUAGUUCUGCCUCAAAAAAUCUGACAGUUGUCUUCACUGGUUUUAGAAAUAGUGAUCCUUUCGAAGAAAUGCUUCAGUACACAGUUGAUCUAAGGGACUACUUGCCAGAAUGGGUUACAAUUGGCUUUUCUGCUGCAACAGGAAAUAAAUCAGCUAUACAUACUAUAAACUCAUGGAAUUUCAGUUCAACAGAUCCAGGGGUAAUAACGAGAAAUUCCAAUCCUUACCCCAAAUCAAGUAAAAGCCAUACAGUAUUUGUGGUUGGAUUGGCUAUUGGCGGAGGUGCUUUGGUUGGUAUAUUGAGUGUGGUUUUGAUCAUCUCCUGGAAGAAGAGGUGCGGGGUUCAAAACGAAGAUGAUCCUGUCUUAGAUGUGUCCAUUCUUAACAAAUUUGAAAGAGGUGCAGGACCUAGGAAGUUUUCUUACAAGGACUUGGCUCGUGCCACUAAUAACUUUGGGAAGGAAGAGAAACUCGGACAGGGAGGGUUUGGUGGGGUUUACAGAGGUUUCUUGAGGGACCUCAACUCAUAUGUUGCUGUGAAAAGGGUGUCAAGGGGUUCAAAACAGGGUCUAAAGGAGUAUGCAUCAGAAGUGAUCAUCAUUAGUCGAUUGAGGCAUAGGAACUUGGUUCAACUCAUCGGUUGGUGCCAUGAAAGAAGAGAUCUGCAACUUGUUUAUGAGUUGAUGCCAAAUGGAAGUUUGGAUUCCCAUCUCUACAAAGAAGAAACCAUACUGACAUGGGCUGUGAGGUACAAAAUUGCCCAAGGUGUGGCAUCUGCAUUGCUUUAUCUUCACGAAGAAUGGGAACAAUGUGUUGUGCAUAGGGACAUAAAGCCGAGCAACAUUAUGUUGGAUUCAAAUUUCAAUGCCAAACUUGGGGAUUUCGGGAUAGCUAGGCUUGUAGACCAUGAGAAGGGAUCACAAACAACAGUUUUGGCAGGGACCAUAGGCUACAUGGCUCCUGAAUGUGUCAUUACAGGCAAGGCCAGUAAAAAAACGGAUGUCUACAGCUUCGGAGUUGUUGCAUUAGAAAUAGCAUGUGGAAGAAAACCCAUCAACACCAAGGCUCAAGAAAGUCAGAUUGGCAUGAUAGAGUUGGUUUGGGACCUCUAUGGAAAGGGGAAGCUUCUUGGAGCAGCUGACCCGAAACUAUUUGCAGAUUUUGAUGAGCAAGAAAUGGAACGAUUGAUGAUUGUUGGGCUUUGGUGUUGUCACCCAUAUAACAAUUCCAGGCCUUCAAUCAGACAAGCAAUUCAUGUCCUGAAUUUUGAAGCCCCAUUGCCAAGUCUUGCAUCAAAAAAACCUGUGCCAACAUAUGGAAUGUUUACUACAUCUGGAUUGUUUCCUACAUUUCCAGCUUCACUUUUGUGACGUUUCUGAUUUUUCCCUAUUUUUCAAUUUCAGAGAUUUUUUUAUUUUUCAGAUUAUUUAUUUUCUUCGUCUUGUUUUGUGUGUCGAACAUUGUGGGUGUAUCGGAUGAGUUUCGAGAGUUGAUUGGAGCAUUUAUUUGAGUUCGGGACUCUUAGAAAUGCAUCGCUGGCCAUUUCAGCAUUUUUCAAUUUUUCGAGCAAGGAGGUCCUAGGCGGACUCGCAACCGAAUUUGUAAUGUACGAGAAUUAUUUUUCGAGACUAUUGAAUGUCUUACAUUAUUAAUUAAUAUAUAUUUGUGUGACUGUAUGUUUAAAUGAGUGGUUGUAAUGUGUUUAGCGUGUAUAUAUAUAUAUAAAUAAUAAUAAUAAUUAUUAUUAUAAAAGAUGAUAUUUUAAAAACUGUGAGACCCACCACUUUCCUUUAGUAAUGUGUAAUGACUAUAUGGUCAUUAGAUGACCAUUUUUUUCUUAUCUUUUCAUGCAGCCAUUUUUUUUUCUAUUUGGUUUCUAUUUAUUUUUUAUUUUUUUUCUUUUCUUUUCCUUCACCAAUUUAAGGGAAGAUCUACAUUAUAUCAUUGAGAAUUUGACUUUGCCACUGAAGGCAAAGUUAACGAGCAUGAUGAGAGCUCCGAUUUGAUCAAAGCAAAGUUAGAUUUGGGUGAUUUUGCUGAAUUUUGAAAUUUGGAGAAAAUUAUGGCUUGUUGCAUCUAAAGAGGUAGGG